AUGUUUCCUGGCAUUAUUAUUUGUUUGAUCAUUUUAGGAAUUGAGUUCAUUACAGGGAUUAUAGCAAAUGGGUUGAUUAUUAUUGUGAAUUUCAGUGAAUGGAUCAGAAACAGAAAACUGACCUGUUGUGACAUAAUUCUGACUAGCCUGAGCAUCUCCAGAUUUUUCCUACAGUGCACGAUAGUCAUUAACAAUAUCUUACUUCAACUACCUCAAGCCGUUAAUGAAUGGUGUGCUGUGUCGAGUCCAUUGACUGUUUUCUGGAUGUUUCUAAAUACUCUCAAUCUAUGGUUUGCCACCCUGCUCAGUGUCUUCUACUGCGUGAAGAUCGCCAACUUCAGCCAACCUCUAUUCCUCUGGUUGAAGCAGAGGAUAUCGGGGCUAGUGCCACAGCUACUCAUGGGAUCCUUUCUGGUCUCCUUGGUCACCUGUUUCCCUUCAAUCAGUGCCAUAGAAAGUAAGUACAUAGACCAUUCAAUGAAUAAUCUAUCAGGAAACACCACCAAGGAAUGUCAAUAUACGGUUGAUACAUCUUCUAGCCUCUUUAUUUUGUCCAUGCUUGGAUAUUCCUCUCCCUUCAUUAUAUUUAUUAUUUCCUCCAUGCUGUUAAUCACUUCCCUGUGGAAACACAGCAAGAGGAUGGAAAAAACCACAAGCAGCUCCCGGGACACCAUUACUGAGGCUCAUGUCAGAGCAAUUAAAGGACUGAUCUCUUUCAUUUUCUUCUACAUUGCUUAUUUUGUGACACUGCUAAUAUUUUUGUUACAAUUAUCUACCAUCAGCUCCUACUAUUUAUGGAUAAUGAUAAUGAGUGCUUAUCCUUCUGGGCACUCUAUUAUCCUAAUUUUGAGUAAUCCCAAACUGAAGAGGGUAGCAGUGAGGGCUUUGCACUAUGCUGGUUGCAGGCUGAGAGAUGCUGUUUCAUAA